CCACACCAACCCAACAGGUUAAUCCACACCAACCCAACAGGCUAAUCCACACCAACCCAACAGGCUAGUCCACACCAACCCAACAGGCUAAUCCACACCAACCCAACAGGCUAAUCCACACCAACACAACAGGCUAAUCCACACCAACCCAACGGGUUAGUCCACACCAACCCAACAGGCUAAUCCACACCAACCCAACGGGUUAGUCCACACCCAGUGCCAGCUUCUUCAUAGUGUUGAGGCGGGGGCUCAUUAGAAUAUUUUGGGGCAUGGUUUGCACACAGUUCUUCUCCUCACCUGCCUUGGGGCCACCUGCCUUGGGGCCACCUGCCUUGGGGACCAUCGUGGAGCCGAUGAGCAAAUUGCUUGUUUGCCGAAUGUGGGCAGCCUACAGGGACCAAUAUUGCAGCCUUCAUUAUUUAUAAUUCUUCUAAAUAAAAAUGACUUUUUAUAUAUCUGAAUAAAUUGUAAAUAAUAGCCACAGUCUGUGUAUGGAUUUAAUAAGCAGUAAUAUGUCUGAAGGAGUUUUGCUGCAACAGUGAGGUAUUAAAGAUGAGGAGAAGAAAUCUGAGGAUCUCAGAAAGAUUACCGAGAGAGUACAGCAAUACAGGUAUUCUUCUCAUCAAUAUGGACACAUCCUAAUAUCUGCAUUUAAAAGUUGAAAGAUACAGAGUUGAAUUUAAGUGUAACUUAUAAACGAGUUGGCUAUGAUGUAGAGAAUUUAAUUUAAUCUGAACAGUUGUUGUAUUUGAUGUAAUGUAUCAUAUAGUAUAUCGUCCACUUUAAUAUCCUUCCUUUGAUAUGCAAUUCUCCAGUAAAUAUAUUCUGAGUAUUUCAGAAAAUAGCAGCGCUGCUGAACAUCCUGGAGGAAACAGAGUUACAGAGAAUUGAGGAAGAGGAACCUGAAGGGCACCAUGUUGGUUCUUAGAAAGAUAUUCAGAGUGAAUGAAGGAAUAGAGGGGAGAUUCCCCCGUCAAUUGGCAAUGGGUCUGAUGGACCAGCUCUCUGUAUAAAAGACAGGUCAGAUCAGACCUCAGACAUAGAACCAGAGCAUCAGCUAGACUUCUGACACUGAACCAGACCAGAGCAUCAGAGACCAGAACAUCAGAAACCAGAACAUCAGAGACCAGAACAUCAGAGACCACAACAUCAGAGACCAGCACAUCAGAGACCAGAACAUCAGAAAACAUCUCAGACAAUACAAUCUUCAGCAUCUCAACCAUCUCUGAACCAUGAAGACCCUGACUGCUCUACUCCUCCUGGGACUGCUCUGCUCCCUCCAUACGACGUCUGCAGGUGUCAUCGCGUUGGAAAUGGCACCUGAAUGCUGUAUGACAUUCAGCGCGAGGAUCCCUCUUCAACAAGUGGUAUCUCUCAGAGCAACCUCCAGUAGCUGCCCUCGCAAAGCACUGAUUUUCACCACAAAGAAAGGGAAGACAUUUUGUGUUGACCCUUCUGAAGCCUGGGUCCAGAGUCAUGUGACCAAGAUUGAGAGCAGAACCCAAUGAUGUCAUCAACCACCAUCACCCCCUCACACCCCACCCCCUUGUUGGUGCACUAAUAAGGGAAUAGGUUGCCAUUAGUGACGCAGACCUUGUCAUGCAUGUCUAUAUCCUAUCUGAGAUUGGUAUGGAUUAGGUUCAAUGUAAUGUACUAGGUUAUUAUCCUAUCUGAGAUUGGUAUGGAUUAGGUUCAAUGUAAUGUACUGGGUUAUUAUCCUAUCUGAGAUUGGUAUAGAUUAGGUUCAAUGUAAUGUACUGGGUUAUUAUCCUAUCUGAGAUUGGUAUAGAUUAGGUUCAAUGUAAUGUACUGGGUUAUUAUCCUAUCUGAGAUUGGUAUAGAUUAGGUUCAAUGUAAUGUACUAGGUUAAUAUCCUAUCUGAGAUUGGUAUAGAUUAGGUUCAAUGUGAUGUACUAGGUUAAUAUCCUAUCUGAGAUUGGUAUAGAAUAGGUUCAAUGUGAUGUACUAGGUUAAUAUCCUAUCUGAGAUUGGUAUAGAAUAGGUUCAAUGUGAUGUACUGGGUUAAUAUCCUAUCUGAGAUUGGUAUAGAAUAGGUUCAGUGUAAUGUACUAGGUUUCGGAUAUACUAAUUGUUUAUUUUUCUAAAACUGUAAACAUAUUUGACAUGUAACCUAUUUAAUAUUUUAUAAAGCCUUUGAAGAUUUCAAACA